AUGGCGACUCCAUUGCAGUUUGCGUACCGAACCCAGAAGGCCAUCGGCGUCUUUGACGCCGCGCCUGUCUACGAGGAGCUUCCUGGGUUCGUCAAGCCCGAAGGGAACCUCCGGUGCUGUGUCUACUCGCCCUGUGGUCGGUACUUUGCCUACGCCUCUAACGAAGUCGUGGCUGUCGCCGAUGCUUCGGCUGGCAAUAUUCUCACCACGCUUCCCCUCCCGACCGUCUAUGAGCUUGGGUUCUCGCCCCGUGGCAACUAUCUCAGCACCUGGGAGCGCCCGGCCAAGGACGAGAACGGCGACGCCACCAAGAAUCUCAAGGUCUGGCACACCGUUGAGGAUGUCGCCGAGGGGGCCGAGAAGGAGCCGCUGGGCAAGUUUGUCCAGAAGUCGCAGUCGGGCUGGAAUCUGCAGUACACAGCCGAUGAGAAGCACUGCGCGCGCCUUGUCACCAACGAGGUGCAGUUUUACAACAGCAGCGACCUCAGAACGGUCUGGAACAAGUUGCGCGUCGAGGGCGUGACCGACUUUGCCAUUGCCCCUGGUCUUAAUCAGAACGUCGCCGUAUUUGUUCCUGUUAAGCAGGGUCAACCGGCUUCCGUCAAAGUCUUCAACGUCCCGUCGUUCACCACCCCGAUCUCGCAGAAGACGUUCUUCAAGGGCGACAAGGUGCAGAUGAAGUGGAACGCCCUGGGGACGAGCCUGAUUGUGCUGGCACAAACAGAGGUUGAUAAGUCGAACAAGAGUUACUACGGCGAAACCACUAUGUAUUUGCUCAGUGCCAAUGGGUCGUUCGACGCUAGGAUUACGUUGGAUAAGGAGGGCCCGAUUCACGACGUUGCUUGGUCUCCCAACUCGACCGAGUUUGGUGUCAUUUAUGGCUACAUGCCCGCCAAAACGACCAUCUUCAACCACCGUGGCGUGGCUAUCCACUCGUUCCCGAUCGGACCUCGCAAUACCAUCAUCUUUUCGCCUACUGGGCGCUUCGCUCUGGUGGCCGGCUUCGGCAAUUUGGCUGGGCAGAUCGAUGUUUACGACCUCGAGAAGGAUUAUCGCAAGAUCUGUACCAUUGAGAGCGGCAACCCGAGCGUGUGCACCUGGAGCCCGGACAGCCGUUACAUCAUGACCGCGACCACAUCGCCCCGCCUCCGUGUCGACAACGGCAUCAAGCUCUGGCACGUGAGCGGCGGCAUCAUGUACAACGAGGACAUGACCGAGCUGUACAAUGUGAUCUGGCGCCCUAUUUCUCCGGACGCUCCUCCUACCGGCGACCCCCUGACCCCUGUGCCGGCCCCGCACACUUCGGGACUGGCCUACCUCGGCAAGGUCAAGACCCCUUCGAAGCCCGUGGGCGCGUACCGCCCCCCUGGCGCCCGUGGCGCUGUGACUCCGCUGCACUUCAAGCGCGAGGACGAGGGCGGCGCUGCCCACACCGUCAGCAACGGCAUUCCUUCGAUCGGCCCCAACGGCUUCGGCCCCAACGGCUUCGGCCGCCCACGCCAUCUCGUCCCUGGGGCCGAGCCGACUGGGCGGGCCGCCGUCCCCGGCGCGGCUCCCGUGGACGAAAGCACCUUGUCCAAGACGGCUGCGAAGAAUAAGAAGAAGCGCAACAAGAAGACCAAGGAGGGCGAGGCCGCUGCGGCAGGUGGCGGUUCCCCCACCGAAGGCGGUCUCGCCCCGUCCCCUCGCGAACCGGGCACCGCCUCGGGCAACGAAGGCCGCAGCCCCGACCGCCGCGGCCCUCAGCACCACUCCCGCAGUCGCUCGCGCCACAAUAACAACGGCAACGGCAACGGUUUUGCUAACAACAACAACCUGCAGCCGGGCAGACACAACAACCGUGGGAACACGCAGCGUAACAACUCGCGCAGCCCGACGGACCAUGUCGGACAGGGCGGUGCGCCUGUCUCGCCUGCUGCUGGCGGUAACUUCGAUGCGGCUGGCGCGGGUAACCCCAACGCUAAGAAGAUCCGGGCCCUGCAGAAGAAGAUUCGCGCUAUCGAGGAACUUGAGAUGCGGCUUGCGGGUGGUGAGAAGCUGGAGGAAACUCAGGUUAAGAAGAUCAACACCAAGAAGUCGGUGAUUGAUGAGUUGGGGGCGUUGGGUGAGCAGGUGUAA